GGAGAACUGGCUGAAAACAGGAAUCAUUUCAGGACUUUUAAACUUUCAAAGGUUUGAUAUUGAAGAAUGGGAGAUUCUCUCGGUCAGAACAUCUUCAACUACACUAAUGCAUCUAACAGAACCAGUAACAGUUCUGAUGAGAACGAAGUCUUGUAUGUGGGAAAUUGUGUCACUAUUGCCAUUGGAUUUCCUUUGACUCUGGUGGCCAUGUUUGCUGUUUUAUCAAAGGUGAAAGAAGAUAAUGUUGCUCCAGUUUACAUCUUCAACCUUUUACUUUCUGAUGUCAUCCAGUACUGCAGCAGAAUUCCUAUAAUAUCACGUACUGCUAAUGAUUGGUCUCGUUGUGCCCUCGAUUUUGGUCUUACAGCCAGCAUUGGAUUCAUGAUGUGUAUCUCCCUGGAAAGGUAUCUGGCCAUUUCCAAGCCGCUGUGGUACAGAUUUAAACGAAACAUCAAGACAGCUGUGUUGGUCUGUGUCAUCAUCUGGAUCCUUUCUUUUCUUUAUAAUCUUAGCAUGUAUCGCCUUUUAGAAUUACAGAUGAGAGUAAUCAUUCAGGCUAUUGGUCUCCUCCUCCCUCUUGUCUUGUUCAUCUUCUGCCUGGUUGGGACCAUUAAAGCUCUGACUGAAGCUCGCAGUGUCUCUGCUGAUGAUAAACAUCGAAUUAUUUCCAUCCUGGUUGUGGUUUUGCUAACAUAUGUUUUGCUUUUCAUCCCCAAUGUGAUGUAUUAUCUGUUGGAAAAACCCUGGGAAGAUUCAAUCUUCUGGACUGUGGUUACAAUCGGGCUUUUUCUUAGUCCUCUUGCAGACUCAUCUUUGUAUAUUUUUCUGAGGAAAACUGCAUUUAACAAGCUCGGGGCCUCAUUGUGUUGUGUAACGACUAAGAAUCAGGAGAUCAGCACUGAUACUAUCAACAUGUCAGUUUCUCGAUCUACAGGAGCGUAGGCGCCGUCAAUGCACAAAUAUCUCCACAUAUUACUUUCUUAAAGUAUUCUUACAGAUUAUAUUUUGAAAUAGAUUGCUACUAGAUGAUAUAUUUAGAAAUUUUCAUAAUCUUUUCUAUUCCCUCUGAAAAAUUAAAACUCAACAACUGAAAUGACAACCUGCUUGAUUCUCAGCGUUGCCUCUCCUUCUGUAUCUGAGACAUUUUUAAAAUUGUUU